AUGAAAAAUGAGAAUGAAGAUGAAAAUGUGAAUGAUGAAGAUGUCGACUCAAAACAUGGGAUGAAAGCAAUAUAUAAGGUUUUAAAAAAAUCCUUUAAAAAUGGACGUAUGAAAAUGUACAAAACAUUCGAUAAUUAUUUAAAAAAAGAUGAUUUAGACAAGAAAAUGCUUGAAGUUGCUAAAAUCCUUAGUAGACGUAUUGAAAAACGAAUGGAUUAUCUAACACAAAUAUUGAAUGAAAUGCUAGCAUAUGAAACAUCAUAG